AUGAGAGAAGGUCUCGACCUCCCAGCCUUUGGGGAGCUGCCAUUUGACCAUCUCAUCCUGGAAUACGCCCUCUCCGCCUUCGAAGGCCCACUACCCCCCGACGAGUCCUAUCCACCAGAUAUCCCACAAACCUUGCUCACAGAGACCGACCGCUCCAUCAGCACCAUCCUAGCCACCGCCCUGUGGAUCCGGACGUGGUUCGGUGGCCCAGACCAGUCGAGCCAGGAGGCCGCAGACGCCGCGUACCAACGACUCAGGGAGCGCGUCACCGGGCUAGAGGCAUGCAUGACCCCUGAAUUCAUCUACGACGAGCGAGACGAACUGGCACAGGUCUCAAACGGACCGGAUAUUGAGGCGGGAACUGCGCUCGGAACACCAUGGUCGAUCCCGGGGUAUCUGGUUGCGGCGAUGAUGCAUUGUCCCGAGCUGUUCGAGGGGUGUUCGGAUGGUGGCUGGCGGCAUUUCAGCGGAGAGGAGCGCGAGGAAGAGGAGAACGAGAGUCGGACGUCGCAGGUGGCUAUGGUGCUGGUGGCGGAUCGGAAGGCCUGCGAGGAGGGUUGGGUGCUGCUGUUGGCGCUGAAUCAUAGGGGUCAAGUACUGCCGUAUAGGGUUCGGGAGAGGGCGAGCGAAGCGGCGCAGCAUGUGGUGAAUUGGGCAGAGGGGCAGCCUUUGGUGGAGAUGGCGUGGAGAGAGGAUGAUGAGGGGGAGUUUAACUUGGCUUGGAGGGGGGAUGAUGGAUGGGCUUAG